UUCACCCUUUUAAAAUCACGAGAUCCCCACGCAUUUCCCCUUUCCCCUCUCUCUCUCUUCAAAACCCCCCCUUUCUCUCUCUACCAUCGCUCCCUCACUUCACAUUGCCGACGAUAAUCCCAAAGACUCACAGGGGAAAAAAAAGGACUUCGAAAACCGCCCCCAAAUAAAAUGUCCGCCAAAAUCAAACCGGAAUUAGGGCUCCAAUCCCUCUCCGAUCGCCUCCGAAACACCCUCUCCUACUCCGCCGCCGAUUGCGCCGCCGCCGAUGACGUCAACAAGCCGGACUUCCGCGAACUUGAUCUCGCCUCGCCGGUCUCCCCCCUCCGAACCCGGCUCACCACCACCACCGCCACCAGCAGCAGCUCCAGCUCCUCCGGAUCCGUCUCGGGCCGGAAUUCAUCCGGAUUCAACCCGAAUCCGCCCCCAAAAUCCGAUUCAAACCCUAACACUAACAGCCAUUCCGGCGAGCUUUCCGUCGAGAGCUCCCCUUCCGCGAACCGGAGCUCUAAACCGGCCCACACCCGCUCCGAUUCGGCCGGUUCGCUGACCUCGCCGGCCUCAAAUGUGCUUCCCACCGGCAACAUUUGCCCCUCCGGUCGGAUUUCGAAAACCGGGAUGUCGAGCCGGUCUUCGAAAACCGACGUUUUGGGGUCCGGUUCGGUGAAUUACGGCCACGGGAGCAUAAUGCGGGGCGGCCUAGCGGCUAAACCGGCGCUGGACGCCUCCCCGCCGGUUUUCUCGAGGGGGCUGAUGGUGGGCGGUGAGCCGGCGAAGAGGGCUGCGGUCAGCGGCGGGAGUGAUCCCGAGGAGGUGAAGAGGAUGGGGAAUGAGAGCUACAGGAAGGGUAAUUUCGCGGAGGCUUUGAGCCUUUAUGACAAGGCCAUCGCUUUGUCGCCGGGGAAUGCUGCCUACCACUUUAACCGGGCGGCGGCGCUGAUGGGGCUGCGGCGGCUGGUGGAGGCGGCGAGGGAGUGUGAGCAUGCCAUUGGGUUGGAUCCGGGUUAUGUGAGGGCUCACCACCGCUUGGGAUCUCUGCUUCUUAGCUUAGGUCAUAUUGAGAAUGCGAGGAAACAUAUUUGUUUUAGUGGGCACCAACCAGAUUCUGCUGAGGUGCAGAAGUUACAGUCUGUAGAGAAGCACAUGAGCAAGUGCACUGCUGCACGAAGAGGUGGCGAUUGGAGAAGUACGUUGAGGGAAGUCGAAGCUGCCAUUGCAUCUGGAGCUGAUUCUUCACCUCAGCUUUGCGCGUGUAGGGCAGAAGCUCUGUUGAAACUCCAUCAACUAGAUGAUGCAUUUUUGGCGUCGCCAAGCAUCUAUAAUUCUGCUCCUUCUACCCAUCUCCAUUCCCAGUCAAAGAUAUUCGGGAUGCUUUUCGAAGCAUACCUGUAUUUCGUAAGAUCCCAAAUUGAGUUGGCUAAGGGAAGGUUUGAAGACGCUGUAACAGCCAUUGAGAAGGCUGGACAGAUAGAUCCUCGUAACGUUGAAAUAGCAGUUCUACUUAGCAGUGUGAGGUUGGUGGGACGUGCUCGUGCUCGUGGAAAUGAUUUAUUCAAAUCAGAAAGGUUCACCGAGGCCUGCUCAGCUUAUGGGGAAGGCCUCAGACAUGAUCCUUCAAAUUCUGUUCUCUACUGCAAUAGAGCGGCUUGUUGGUUUAAGCUUGGCAUGUGGGAACACUCAGUCGAUGAUUGUAAUCAAGCCCUCCGUAUCCAACCCAGUUACAUCAAAGCUCUGCUUCGAAGGGCUGCCUCAAACCGCAAGCUCGAGCGGUGGAGUGAAGCUGUAAGAGAUUAUGAAGUGUUGAGACGGGAACUCCCAGACGACAAAGAGGUUGCGGAAUCACUGUUCCACGCACAUGUUGCUUUGAAGAAGUCACGGGGAGAAGAGGUACAUAACAUGAAAUUUGGUGGGGAAGUGGAGUCUGUUUCAGGUCUUGAGCAGUUCCGAGCUGCUGUUUCAUCACCUGGUGCAUCCGUGGUCCAUUUCAAUACGGGCUCCAGCACAGAAUGUAAGCAGAUAUCUCCGUUUCUGGACACAUUAUGUGCCAGAUAUCCGUCUAUCAAUUUUCUCAAGGUGGACAUUGAAGAGAGCCCUUCAAUUGCUCAUGCUGAGAACGUCAGAAUCGUGCCAACGUUCAAGAUCUACAAAAGGGGCACGCGAGUGAAGGAAGUGAUCUGCCCGAGCCCCGAGGUCUUGGAGUCAUCGGUGAGGCAUUACAACAUAUAAAAGAUGAUUCUUGAAAAUUUGAUAUACCUACACAUUGUGUUGUCUUUGGGGAUAGGAUGGCCAAAAGCCAUAGAGUAGUAGCCGUUGCUUUUUUGGCGUAAAAAUUCAUUCUUUCGUCCGAUUCCAUCAUCGUCUUCGCCUUUCUCCACUUCUCAUUCAUAUAUUUUCUUGAGAUCUUUUUAUCUUUACCAUUUCUAUUUAGAGCAAAGCCUUGUCCUAGUAAAUGUGCAUUGGAGAAAAGGGUAGUGAAGGUUGUGUACAAUUAUUUUGCCUUUAGUUGAAGUUUAGAGAGAGGGAUUGUUUGGCAUGGGUUUUAGAUAAGGAUGUGUACAUGUACAUAUGUGAUGAUGAAAUAUACACAAAAUUGGAGGUAUUGGGCUAGUGAAAGAAGGAUGAGGUCAUUGAUAUUGAUGUUUCUUUCUCAAUCAUUUAAUCAAUAACAAAUAUAUUCUACAUUUUUUUUUUAUCAUUUCAGUGUAUUUUACCAUUGUAGACUAUGUAAACACCUUCAUAUUUAUACAUAUCCCUAUUUAUUCCA